AUGGAGACGCAGGAACUUCGGGGGGCCCUGGCUCUUCUCCUCCUCUGCACUUUCGCAUGUGCCAGUCAGGACCUGCAGGUGAUUGACCUGCUGACUGUGGGCGAGUCUCGGCAGAUGACUGCUGUGGCAGAGAAGAUCCGGACCGCCCUGCUCACUGCUGGGGACAUCUACCUCUUGUCCACCUUCCGCCUGCCCCCCAAACAGGGUGGUGUCCUCUUUGGCCUCUACUCUCGGCAGGACAACACACGAUGGCUGGAGGCCUCCGUUGUGGGCAAAAUCAACAAAGUGCUGGUGCGGUACCAGCGGGAGGACGGCAAGGUCCACGCGGUGAACCUGCAGCAGGCGGGCCUGGCCGACGGGCGCACGCACACGGCUCUCCUGCGACUCCGAGGUCCCUCCCGACCCAGCCUCGCCCUGCAGCUCUACGUGGACUGCAAACUGGGUGACCAGCACGCCGGGCUCCCAGGGCUGGCCCCCAUUCCUCCAGCGGAGGUGGAUGGGCUGGAGAUUAGGACCGGACAGAAGGCUUAUUUGAGGAUGCAGGGCUUUGUGGAGUCUAUGAAAAUGAUUCUGGGCGGGUCCAUGGCCCGGGUGGGAGCCCUGAGUGAGUGUCCGUUCCAGGGGGACGAGUCCAUCCACAGAGCAGGGCUGCUACUGACCCUGCAGCCAGAUCAGAAGUUCCAGAAAGUGAAGGGGUUUGGAGGGGCCAUGACGGACGCCGCUGCCCUCAACAUCCUUGCCCUGUCACCCCCUGCCCGGAAUUCGCUACUCAAAUCCUAUUUCUCUGAAGAAGGAAUCGAGUACAACAUCAUCCGGGUACCCAUGGCCAGCUGUGACUUCUCCAUCCGCACCUACACCUACGAUGACAGCCCUGACGACUUCCAGUUGCGUGACUUCAUCCUCCCCGAGGAAGAUGUCAGGCUCAAGAUACCCCUGAUUCACCAGGCCCUGGAGCUGGCCCCACACCCUGUGUCACUCUUCGCCAGUCCCUGGACGUCACCCACUUGGCUGAAGACCAACGGGGCAGUGAACGGGAAGGGGUCACUCAAGGGGCAGCCGGGAGAUCUCUACCACCAGACCUGGGCCAGAUACUUUGUUAAGUUCCUGGACGCUUACGCGGAGCACAAGUUACGGUUCUGGGCAGUGACGGCAGAGAACGAGCCUUCUGCAGGGCUGUUCAGUGGGUACCCCUUCCAGUGCCUGGGCUUCACCCCUGAACACCAGCGAGACUUCAUCGCCCGGGACCUGGGUCCUACCCUCGCCAACAGUACGCACCGCGACGUCCGCCUGCUCAUACUGGACGACCAGCGCUUGCUGCUGCCUCGCUGGGCCCAGGUGGUGCUGGCGGACCCAGAGGCGGCUAAGUACGUUCAUGGCAUUGCUGUACAUUGGUACCUGGACUUUCUGGCUCCUGCAAAGGCCACCCUGGGGGAGACACACCGCCUGUUCCCCGAUACCAUGCUCUUUGCCUCAGAGGCCUGCGUGGGCUCCAAGUUCUGGGAGCAGAGUGUGCGACUGGGCUCCUGGGACCGAGGGAUGCAGUACAGCCACAGCAUCAUCACGAACCUUCUCUACCAUGUGGUCGGCUGGACAGACUGGAACCUCGCUCUGAACCCCGAAGGGGGACCCAACUGGGUGCGUAACUUUGUCGACAGCCCCAUCAUCGUAGACAUCACCAAAGACACGUUUUACAAACAGCCCAUGUUCUAUCACCUUGGCCACUUCAGCUCACCACCGUUGGACUUAACUGUACCAAUGUGUCCCAUUGUAAUUGCCGUGUCCCAGGCUCCCUGUCCUGAGGCCCUAUGCCCACUCCCUAUCCCCGGUGCCCUGUCCGCACCCUAUCCCCGCACCCUAUCCCCGGUGCCCUAUCGCCAAAGACCUAUCCCCACGCCCUAUCCCUGCUCCCUAUCCCCGUCCUCCCUGGCGCCCAGUCCCUACGCGCUAUCCCCGCUGUCUACCCUGGCGCCCUAUCCCUACAACGACGUGGACGGGGACGGUAUCCCCAACGGACUGGACAAUUGCCCUAAAGUCCCCAACCCCCUGCAGACAGACAGGGAUGAGGACGGGGUGGGAGAUGCGUGUGACAGCUGCCCUGAAAUGAGCAAUCCCACUCAGACAGACGCAGACAGCGACCUGGUGGGGGAUGUCUGUGACACCAACGAGGACAGCGACGGGGACGGACAUCAGGACACCAAGGACAACUGCCCACAGCUGCCAAACAGCUCCCAGCUGGACUCCGACAACGACGGCCUUGGAGAUGAGUGUGACGGGGACGAUGACAACGACGGGAUCCCAGAUUAUGUGCCUCCUGGUCCCGACAACUGUCGCCUGGUUCCCAAUCCCAAUCAGAAGGACUCAGAUGGCAAUGGCGUUGGUGACGUGUGUGAGGAUGACUUUGACAAUGAUGCGGUGGUUGACCCCCUGGACGUGUGUCCCGAAAGUGCGGAGGUGACCCUCACGGAUUUUCGGGCCUAUCAGACGGUUGUCCUGGAUCCUGAGGGUGAUGCCCAGAUUGACCCAAACUGGGUGGUGCUCAACCAGGGCAUGGAAAUCGUUCAGACCAUGAACAGUGACCCCGGCCUGGCCGUUGGAUACACAGCCUUCAACGGUGUGGACUUCGAAGGCACCUUCCACGUGAACACGGUCACAGAUGACGACUACGCAGGCUUUCUCUUCAGCUAUCAGGACAGCGGCCGCUUCUACGUGGUCAUGUGGAAGCAGACGGAGCAGACGUAUUGGCAGGCCACCCCCUUCCGGGCGGUGGCUCAGCCCGGGCUGCAGCUCAAGGCAGUGACAUCCGUGUCUGGCCCAGGUGAACAUCUCCGGAAUGCCCUGUGGCAUACUGGCCACACCCCCGACCAGGUGCGACUGCUGUGGACUGACCCCCGGAACGUGGGCUGGCGGGACAAGACCUCCUACCGCUGGCAGCUACUGCACCGGCCUCAAGUCGGCUACAUUCGGGUGAAGCUCUAUGAGGGCCCUCAGCUGGUGGCAGACUCCGGGGUGAUCAUUGACACGGCCAUGCGAGGGGGGCGCCUUGGCGUAUUCUGCUUCUCCCAAGAAAACAUCAUUUGGUCCAAUCUCCAGUAUCGAUGCAAUGACACCGUGCCCGAGGACUUCGAGCCAUUCCGGAGGCAGCUGCUCCAGGGAAGAGCGUGA